AUGAACGCGCACUCGGCAGGCCGGGUGGCGGCCUUUGGCUUUUCCAUGUACGGCCAGUGCGGGACCGGCGCCACCUCGUCCAUCCGCUCGCCUCGCUUACUCGCUGCCCUCGAUGGCGUUUGCAUCGCUGCUGUCACUGCCGGCGAGUACCACUCUGCUGCCCUCUCUGCAGACGGUGCCGUCUACACCUGGGGCAAGGGAGACGACGGCCAACUGGGCCUCGGCGCCACUGGGCAGGCCGUUCUGCCGACUCAGGUGGUGGCACUGGACGGCAUUCGCAUUGCGAGCGUCUCGGCCGGUGGCGCACACACUGUGGCACUUGAUGCUGCUGGGAAUGUCUUUGCCUGGGGUCGCGGCUCGUCCGGCCAGCUCGGGACCGGCGGGACCGGCUCCGAGUGCUCGCCCGUCGCUGUCUCGUUUGUCGACGUGCUCGACGCUGGCGAGCGGAUUGUCGACAUUGCGGCCGGCUCAGACUUUACGCUCUUUCUUACGUCGGCCGGCGGCGUCCUGGCCACCGGAUCGGGUAUGUAUGGCCGGCUCGGGACAGGCUCGACGCUCUCGGCGCUCUCGCCAGUGCGGCUCGCCAAGCUCGACGGAGCGAGCAUCACCCAUGUCGCGGCCGGGACUCACUGCGGGAUGGCGCUCUCGCAGUCGACGGGCGCAGUCUAUGCAUGGGGCUUUGGCAAGCUGAGCCCGACGCCUAUGGACCAGCUCAUGGAUCUCGGUAUCACGGCAGUCGCUGCCGGCCAGUAUCACGGCGCCGCGUCGGCGCUCGCUCUUGUCCAGCCGCUCCCGCAGCUUUCCUUUGUUGACGUCGCCGCUGGCGAUGACCACACUCUGGCGCUUGCCGCCGACGGCUCCCUCUACUCGUGGGGCAACGACAUGUACGGCCGCCUCGGCCGGCCGACCGCCGGAGACGAGCCCGGAUGCGCCUCGCCGGGUGUCCCAGCGCUUGUUCCGGGCCUGGCCACGGCGCGAGUUCGUGCUCUUGCCGCUGGCGGCGCACACUCGUUGGUGGUCAUUGUCGGCGCGCCGGCGAGUUCGCCGCGAAGCAGCGGCGGACGGCCCUCGCUCCGCCAGGCCUCCGCGUCGCACCGUGCCGCGCCAUCCAAGGCCGAGCGAAUGGCUCGGCUGUCGGCGAUGCUCUCUGGCAAGUCCAAUGGGGGAAGCACACCGGCCCGGGCAAGCCGCUCGGUUGCGGCCGCGACCUCGUCACUUGCGCGGACGCAUGAGUUUCAGCGGUACGCGGCGCGGCAGUCAAGCCGCGGGUCGCCGCGCGUCGCCGCGCCGUCACAGGCCUCGGCUGUCUUCUGGAACUCGCCAAACCACUCGUCAACAGCGGCGGUGCGACCAUCGCGAACGCCAUUGCGAAGCUCGCCGCUGCAGACCUUGCCGCUGGGUGGUGCGAGCCGAUCUCCGCCUGUGCGGUCGGUGGCGGCGACGCUGCAGGAGCUUGCCAAUGCCGAGCUCGGAGCGAGUGCAGCGCGGUCGCGUGGGGCGCUGUCGGCCCGGCACCGCGAGUCGCAUGCCCUCGCUGAUGAGCUGGCCAACUCGCGGGCAUCGCUGGAGGCGACGAAGCGGACGUCUGAGCGGCUGCGGCGUGACAUGGACGCGCUCGCAGCGCAGCGUGCGCGGUUGGCACGGUCGACGACCGAGCUCUCGGCGUCCCUGCGGGCGUCGACGUCAUCGAUAGAGCACGAGCACGAGAGCGCGCGCGUCACCCGCGACGCCUCGAUCGAUGCCUUUGUCCGCAUGGCCGACGAGGUGGAGGCGCUGCAGACCGAGACUGAGGUGAUGCAGGACUCGACAGCAGCGCUGUCUGACUCGCGGGCGUCGCUGGAGGCACUGCGGUCGUCGGUGGCGGAAGAGCACACCGUGGUCUCUCACCAAAUCGAGGCGCUAGAGCGCGAGCUCGCACUUGCCCACGCUGACUCGGAGUCUGCUGUCGCUCACCACGCUCGGCUGGCACAGGCCGUGGAGGCGCAGCUCCUGUCGAAGAACGAGGUCGAGGACGCGCUCGAGGCCGCGGCUUCGACGCUGCGAGUCGAGCUCGCGCGAGUCCGCGAGCAGUGCACCCGCCUCUCUGCGGCGCUGGACCAAGCCGACUCGGCGCUGACGGCGCUCAAGACGCGACGCGAUGGCUUGCAGAGCGAGCUGGCGGAGAAGGCGGGCGAAGAGGACGAGCUUGUGACGGCCAUUAACGAAGCGAGCGCGUCCAUCGACGCCAAGACCGCGGCCAUCCACGACCACAACGCGUCGCUAGCCAAGCUGGUGGGCGACGAGGGCCGGCUGGGGACAGAGCUUGCCGAACUGGCCGAUCGCAAGGCGUCGGCCGACGCGCGGGUGCUCACGCUUGCGGCGCAGGUCGAGGAGGCCGAAGCGCGGCGGGCGAGCGUUGAGGCGCAAGUUGCCUCGCUCGCAAAGCAGCUCGGCGAGGCACAGGGCGGAUACACUGCGUUGCAGUCUGAGUUUAAGGCCAAGGCAGCCGAGCUCGACACGAUCCGCGGCGAGACGACCCGGGUCCGCGAGGCCAUUGCGCACGCUGAGGCCGACACAGCGACGGCAAAGGAGACGCUCGAGCGCGAGCGUGGUGUGUUUGCCCGCGCAUCGGCGCUCCGCGACUCGACGCUCGACCAGCUCUCGGAGACCAAGGCUGCGCGGGUGACGAUGGAGAAGGAGGUCCACACGCUGCAGGCCGAGCUGGCCGAGGCGCAGGCUGAGGCGCAGGCCGCGCUGGAGGCUCGCAAUAAGGCACAGCGCGAGCUCGAGACCGAGCAAGAGGCGCGGCGGGUGGCCAUGUCGGCCAAGGCCAAGCUUGAGGAGGCGGUCGAGCUGGAGCGCGAGUCGCGGCUGGUCGCACUCGCAGCCAAGGAGCGGUCGGCCCUGCAGCUCGAGGUAGAGCAAGAGAAGAAGCUCGCGCUCGCCACCGAGGAGGAGCGGCUCUCGCGGGCGGUCAAGUCGUCGCGGGCGGCAUUCCGCUCGGCGGCGGCGACUGCUAAGGAGAACGCGGCGUACGCGGCAAACCUGCAGAACUCGGCGGCAAGCAUAGGUGGCGGCGGUACGGCGGUGCGGCAGACAGCGAGUCGGCGCUCGAUCUCGCCGCGCAAGGUGGCGGCGACCAAGGCCCGGGUUGCACAGCUGCUCUCGACACUUGAUCCAGAGCAUGCCCCGGCGCUGGCGGCGACGCAUACGUCGCCCAACACCGGCGAGCGGGCGAGUGGCAGACCAAAGCACUUUGCGGCCGUCGAGCGCGCUAAGCGGGUGCUGCACGAGGCCAAGGCGUCGAUGGCGAUGGCGGCGACGCUGGAGGCGGUCGAUGUGGCGUCGCCCGGCCAGAUUGCCGCCGACAUUCCGCGCUCGCAGCUGCGCCCGGUGAACGAGGUCCUCGAAUCGUCGGUGGCCGCCGAGCUGGACACAGCCGAGCGCGAUGUGCGGGCGGCGCGGGCCAAGCUCGACGCGAUCCUCGCCACCGCGCGCUGA